AUGGCAAACUUCUUAUCCAACGCUCUGGGAUCCGACGGCAUCGCAAAGAUGGCCGGAGAAAAAGUUGCCAAUGGGGGGUCGGACUGGAACCGCCACCGUCCUUCUCCUGCCUGGGCAGGGUGUGUCCAUACUUUCACCCUGAGUCACUCCUCACUCUCUGUGAACUGGACUAACCUGUCCUCCUGUGGCAUCAACCCACGUCACCACGGCAACAGUCAAAACUCAGGGCUGCACCUGUACCGAUACGAGGAGGAGGAGGAGGAGGAGCAAGAGGAGCAGGUCGUACUGACGCAUGUGAGUGCUAGGUCAAAUAAGACGAGGAAAGACAAAGAAGGAGAGACUGGUUGGAGCACACAGAAGAGCUGUGAGAGGAAGAGAGAGCAAAGUGAGUGCUUGGGUCAAAACAAGAAGGAGGACGAGAAGAAGAAGAAGCAGAAAGGAGGAGGAGGCGUGUUCUCGUUCGGACACGAGGAGAAGGAUGAAGACAAAGGAGGUUUCUUCUCGAAAAUCUUUAAAAAGGGCGAAGAUGACGAUGAGAAGGGGGGCCAGAAGAAAUCUGGAUUCGCUGGUUUGUUCACUGAAGGAGGCGAAGGAGGACAAGGAGGAGGAGGAGGUGUCGCCAUGUCUGAUGGAGGAUUCUACUCAAACGAGGGAGGAGACACGACAUCAGGAGGUCUGGUCCCUGGAGGAGGACGAGGAGGAGGAAACGGAGAUUUGCUCGACGAUCUGUUUGAUGUGGCUGAAGAAACGUCUGCAGGGAAAUAAGACGAAGACGUGGAUCGGCCUCCGACUGGGAGACCUCAGGGAUGGAGACACAGUGGGACACAAUGGGACAUAUUAGGACACAGUGGGACACAGUGGGACACAGUGGGACACAGUGGGACAUAUUAGGACACAGUGGGACACAGUGGGACACAGUGGGACAUAUUGGGACAUAUUAGGACACAGUGGGACACAGUGGGACACAGUGGGACACAGUGGGACAUAUUGGGACAUAUUGGUCAGGGAAGGUUUUAAAGCAGUGGUUUUCAUGACCCCCCUUUAAUGACAAGACCCAAACCAAAAAAAAAAUGUUGCAACUUCUCAAAUUUAUUGAAUGAACAGACUCAUCAAUAUUAAGACAUGACAACACAACAUUUAACACACUCACUGUGUUUUCAAGCAGAAUACACAAAAUAAAGUACAACUCAGAAAUAUAAAAACUACAUUUAAGAAAGAACGUCUGUUUCUUUACCUGAGAAUCCUCUCUUCCUGAAUCACUCUUCCAUUUAAAUCGUUCAGCUCCUUCAGUUUUUGUCCACAAAGGAAAUUACCGGUAAACAAACAGUUUAAACUCAGAAGGAUUCAAGUUUACAGGAUGAACGUUAGUUCUGCUCCGGAGGUAAAUACUGGAAACACCUCACUGCACUGAACACAAGAAAUAUCUCACUGAAACAAAUGAUCUGAUAUAAACAAACUUUACAGAUCUUCUUCUAAUGAACAGUUGCUUUUUUUCUUUAUUAUUAUUAUUAUUAUUAUUAUUUUCUGCGCAGGCAAAGAUCUACGGCCCAUGUUUGGGUCCUGACCCACCAGUUGAGAAUCACUGCUUUGAAGGAACAGUUCAAUAUUUAAGGCAAAUCUUCUCUGUCUGAGAGCCAGGCACAGUUAGCAUAGCUUAGCACAAAACACCGGAAAACACACACUUCAGAAACUCACUGAUAAACAAACUUUACAUCAAGUUUACACAAACAGCCUGAUGCUAAGCUAACCAGCUCAUGUGCUGAACUGUAUUAUAAAUAUGUAUUUCUCCAAAUGUUGAACUGUCCUUGACUUCAUUGUUAGCUGAUGUUAGCAUAUAUCCCUGGCUAACUGGCUAUGCUAACUGCUUCUGUCUGCCUGGUGUUGAUUUUUUUAAUGUCAUUAUCAACGUAUUUAAACAUUUUAGUGAAAACAAUCAACAUGUUUCUGUUUUUAUCUGAUUAAACAUCAUGUUUCCA